AUGGGCGCACAGUGGUGGUGCAGGAUUCGUGCGGUCCUUGGCGCGGUUGUGUUGUAUGUAGAACAAUGCGCACCAUCAUCAAGUGACCACACGCGCCAGAUCAAUUCCAACGCUGGGUCCAAAGCAUUAUUUGGCCCCACGGCAGAUAGAUCCUCCUCUCUUUUCGUCGUCAGCAAGGUACAAAGAGGACACGCUGACGAGACUGUUUUGGUCUCUACGGUAUGGUCGCACAAGAAAAUCGUUCAGAUCGAAGCGCUGCCUCGGCCAGUCGCAAUCGUGGUACUCGAUGCAAGCAAAGCGGCAGACUUCCGCGAUGCGCAUCAAGCGAUCUCGACAGCAAGCGAGGCGGGCAGGAUUGCAUUGCCGCCCAGUCCCGGCGCUAACCUAGUGAUAUUCUUCAUGUUUCGUCGACGGUCCAUGCAUGCGUUGUCGUAUCGAAGCCGACUGACGAAAGAAGUGAGGCUUCAAUACGGCGGCGACCCCACAGCGCCUUAUGUCGGUGUGCCUGGCCAAAAGUCCUUCCUGUUCAUCAAACUGCAUGCUGCAGGUCUGCCGAGCUGUUUGCAGGUCAUCCUGCAUCGCGCCUUCGCGUACACCGGCUUAUCGCGCACGACAGCCACGCCAUCCGACUCGCUUGGGCCGUAA